AGCCCUGAGUGCACUGUGAGCAAGUUUGUACGCCCUGCACCACAUACAAAACAGCACCUGAGGGAAGUUCUUGUUUGUACUGAACUGAGUGAAUAUUCAAGACGUACAGUUAUGAGGAAAGAUCCGAACAAGCCCAGGGGGAAGACUUCGGCCUACGCCUACUUUGUGCAGACAUGCCGGGAGGAGCACAAGAAGAAGCACCCGGACACACCGGUCCACUUCACUGACUUCUCCAAGAAGUGCGCCGAAAGAUGGAAGACCAUGUCUCCUAAAGAGAAAUCUAAAUUUGAUGAAAUGGCCAAAAGUGAUAAGGCACGCUAUGACCGGGAGAUGAAAAACUACGUGCCACCCAAAGGUGCCAAGAAGGGGAAGAAGAAGAAGGACCCGAAUGCACCCAAGAGGCCACCAUCUGCCUUUUUCAUCUUCUGCUCUGACCACCGGCCAAAGGUGAAGAGCGAGAACCCUGGCAUCGGUAUUGGGGACAUUGCGAAGAAGCUGGGAGACCAGUGGUCCAAACUGUCAGCCAAGGAUAAAACUCCUUAUGAGCAGAAAGCUGUGAAGCUGAAGGAGAAAUAUGAAAAGGACAUGGCUGCGUACCGUGCCAAGGGAGCAGUGAAGACAGAUGGUGCGAAGAAAGCUGGACCAGGACGGCCAGCGGGUAAGAAGGUCGAAGUCACAGAUGAUGACGAUGACGACGAAGAUGAGGAGGAAGAGGAUGAAGACGAAGAUGAUGUGGAUGAUGACGAUGAUGAGUGAAUUUAUCAGGAAAUUUUUUUUUUUUUGUUAUGUUUGCAAUGUGAAAAGCAUUUUUCUUUAAAAAAAAAAAAGUUUCUCCCAAAACAUGUACAGAGAUGUGUAUAGAUGAAAUACAUAUUCAGGUCAUGUACUGUUUUGUAAAUUUAAACAGCUAGUUUUGUUAAGCACUGCCUUUUUUUUUUUUUUUUUUGUCUUGAGCUGUGGUUUCUUGUCUCUAAAAUGUUUUCACUGGCAUUGUGAGGGAAAAAAAUGAGCACUGAUGUGUAGUUUAAUCCUCAAAAAAAACAGGUUUUCGAUGUUAAGCUUGGAAAUAUUGUGUAGACUUUUUUUAUAUAAUAAAAUUUUGUAUAUUAUGA